GAGAAGGAUUUUUUUUUCCACCAGGGCCCAAUCGCCUUUGAGGACGUGGCUGUCCAUUUCUCCCUGGAGGAGUGGGUUCUCCUGAAUCCUGAUCAGAUAGUAUUGCACAUGCAGAUCAUGGAGGAGAUUCGUGGGAUUGUGGACUCUCUUGCAGAUAACAGGAAGAAGAGCAAUGUAUACACCGAAUCCAGUAAACCUUUUGGGCACAAUGGGGGCCUUCCUAGACACCAGCAAACCCACCAAGAAGAUGAAGGUUCUGCCAGAGAAAUGCUCUACAAAUGCAAUGUAUCUGGGCAAUAUUUUACCCAAACUAAAAUAUUCCGUGCUGGGAAAAGCCAUCUCAAAUGGAAGGUAUCAGCAAAAUGUGUUGCUGAUUACAAAUUGCCACAUCUGAGCCAACAAGAAAUCUUUGAAGGAACCGAGGAUUUCAUAAGCCAGGAGUAUGGGAAAUCUUUUAUCCAGAGUUCACACUUGGGAAAACACGAGAAAUUUAACACAGGACAGGAAUCAUACAGAGACCAGGAGUCUGGGAAAUGUUUUCCUCACAGUUCAAACUUGGUGAGCAACAAAAAACUCCGCACAGGAGAGAAGCCACACCAAUGCCAGGAGUGUGAGAAAUGUUUUGCUUCCAAUUCAGAUUUGGUGAAACACAAACGACUCCACACAGGGGAGAAGCCAUACCAAUGUCAGGAGUGCGGGAAAUGUUUUUCUGACAGUUCAGCCUUGGUGAGCCACAAAAGACUCCACACAGGAGAGAAACCAUAUCAAUGCCAAGAGUGUGAGAAAUGUUUUGCUGACAGUUCAGGCUUGGUGAGGCACAAAAGAAUCCACACAGGAGAGAAGCCAUACCAAUGCCAGGAGUGUGGGAAAUGUUUUACUUCCAGUUCAAACAUGGUGAGCCACAAAAGGCUUCACACAGGAGAGAAGCCAUACCAAUGCCAGGAGUGUGGGAAAUGUUUUACUGACAGUUCAGCCUUGGUGAGCCACAAAAGACUCCACACAAGAGAGAAGCCAUACCAAUGCCAGGAGUGUGGGAAAUGUUUUACUAACAGUUCAGCCUUGGUGAACCACAAAAGACUCCACACAGGAGAGAAGCCAUUCCAAUGCCAGGAGUGUGGGAAAUGUUUUGCUGACAGUUCAGCCUUGGUGAAACACAAAAGACUCCACACGGGAGAGAAGCCUUACCAAUGCCAGGAGUGUGGGAAAUGUUUUGCUGACAGUUCAGCCUUGGUGAGCCACAAAAGACUCCACACAGGAGAGAAACCAUACCAAUGCCAGGAGUGUGGGAAUUGGUUUGCUCGCAGUUCACAAUUGGUGAGGCACAAAAGACACCACACAGGAGAGAAACCAUACCAAUGCCAAGAGUGUGGGAAAUGUUUUGCUCGCAGUUCAAACUUGGGGAGGCACAAAAGACUCCACACAGGAGAGAAACCAUACCAAUGCCAGGAGUGUGGGAAAUGUUUUAAUCAGAGGUCAUCUCUCGUGAGCCACCAGAGAAUUCAUAGAGGAGAAAAACCACCCAAAGAGCUGAGACAAAAGUUAUAAAAUGAAUUUCAACAGGGAAAUUGCAGGUUGUGGAAAUUUUGGUGCUGUAGACGAUACAUUCAACAUUUCUCGAUGAACACGUGUGAUUCCGGUGGCUUCCAGCAACACAUGGCUUGACUUUGGACUGAUUUCUUAGACAAUUGUCUUCAUGGUUUUGAACUCUGUUCCAGUUUUUCACCUUUUUUUUUUUUUUUUUUACUUGGGACUGUUUUGGAGAACUCUUUUUCUUCUCUGGGCACCCAUAUUAGCAGAACCAUUUGUGAAGUUUUGCCUAAGAUUUGGUGGAGUCUCCUUUCUUGUUAUUUGAUUCCCUAAAUUGAGGUCCUCUUCUCUGGAGCAGCAGAAAUCAAGCUUUCUGUGACAAUCCUUCAGAAGUUUAAAUAUAAUUAUUAUGUCCCUUAUUUGAGAAAAAGCCCAUAUGUAAUUCCAUUAAUUGUUCCUCUGGGCUUAGCUUUCAACUCCUUUACCACCUUGGUUGCAAAUUUCCAGUUUGCGAAUGUUGUUUUCAGUUCUAGGAUUCCAGAAUUGUUCACAGUGCUUCUGUUGUGGCCAAGUCAAAGGAAAAGAUGCUUGCACUAUUUUUUCCCUUAAUGUGCAAAUUGUAUCUCUGGCUAGCAUUUACUAUCUGUUUCCCUGCUGCUGGCACAGACACUUUUAAUCCACAUUAAAUUGACAAACACGA